GGUCAUUGUGGAACGCUUUUCACUCUGACCUCAUGAUGGAACUAAGCACGUACUACAAUAAGGAUGAGUACGUCGAAACUGCUUCUGGCAACAAAGUUAGCCGACAGACCAUUCUAUGUGGCUCGCAGAACAUCGUCCUUCACGGCAAGGUGAUCGUGCAGAGUGGGGCAAUCAUCCGGGGCGACUUGGCCGCCGUCCGCACCGGGCGGUACUGCGUCAUCUCGAAGGGUUCCGUCGUCAGGCCACCGUAUAAGCAGUUCAGCAAAGGAGUUGCAUUUUUCCCAUUGGUAAUCGGCGAUCACGUGUUUAUCGGUGAAGGUGCUGUUGUUUCAGCCGCCUCGAUCGGUUCAUAUGUUUACAUCGGCAAGAAUGCCGUCAUCGGCCGCCGAUGUGUGUUGAAAGAUAACUGCAUCAUCGAGGAUGGUGCUAUUGUUCCACCGGAGACGACGAUUGCUAGCUACAUGCGUUACACUGCCGAUGGACGUGUAGAAGGUGGCCAGGGGAAUCCCGACUUUGUACCGCACGCAAUGCUCGAUUUGAUGAUCGAGUUCACCAAAUCGUACUACGAUAACUUCAUUCCAAUAGCGAACUGACGGCACAGGACACUCUCGGUCCGAUCGAGAGUCUAGCGUGUGCAGUGAACGCAAUGUCGUAUCAUCUUCCACCAACCCCAGCUCUCAUCCGUGUAAUGUAAUCGUUAUUCUUAAAGAUAUGUAUUUAUUCAAAAGCAACAAAUAAUAACUCCGUAAACGGUCGAAUAUAACCAUAUAGCCCUGUUUUUAAUCGAGAUUUAUUGAUCCAUGAAACAAAAAAGGCGCGGGAGUGUAGUAGCAAUAGGACCAACAGAAAUGCAGUUCUUUUAAAUCAUCAUUUUUCGUAACCCAGUAUCAGAGAAACGUGCUUCUUGUUAUGGUCUUUAGCAUUGAUGGUUAGUAAUUAUACGAAACCCUUGUGGCCGAGUUCGCAUUCACUUCUUGCCCGACUUUUUAAUUCCCCCUUGCAGCAAAGGUCCGCCUUUCGAAGCCUUCUGCUUGGCUGCAUCCAGUGCUUUCUGCUGCUCCUUUUGUUUCUGUUUGAAAGCCACAUCUUCUUCGUCUAACUCCCCCUGAUCCUUUUUC